AAACAACAUGAAGUUAAGGCCCUGAAAUCGUUAUCUAUCUUCUUAGCAAUGUUUGCAACACGUCAUGCUCUAUCAACUGAGCUACGAAGGAGCACGUCGACUUCACUAGAAUGAUGACAAGCAAUUUUAAUGGAUUCUAAAGGGAAUCAUAGAAUUCCAAACUCAUUUCUAUGGCAACACAGUUGUCAAUUUGGUAAACAAUCAUUUUCGAAAGUGUGCUGCCAAGAGACAUCUAACCGACCGUGCGAAAACAACAACUUCCGUUUGCUGCUGACAACAAACUGUUUGAUUUUUGAGACCUGAGAACAAUCGACUGGAAAAUGGCUGGGUGUUUUUCAAGACUGGCGGAGAGACUGCGUGGACGUUAUUUUACUACAUUUAACAAUGUCAUUAUAAUUUGCUAAAUGUUGUGUAUUUCUAUCAUUCAGACUUGGCAAAAAUGCUUGUGCUAGAGAUGUUGUAGCUAGCUAGUUUGCUUGCUAACAUUAACUUUAGUAACUGUUGCUAAGCGAUCAACUUUUGCUGCCUAGCUAGCUAGUAUUAGCAAUCUUGCUACGUUUUAUGUCCUAACAAUAGUUUCUUUUAUAUUCCAAUGUCCCUCAUUUUAGAAACAACUGUCCUGGAUGAGGUCCAGUUGGAUGUGCCAUUGGAUGAUGUGCCAGAUGUUCUACAGCUGCCAGUCCUCCUUGAUGUCCAGAAUGCUGCUAUCAUCCUUGAGGAUGUGCCAGAUGUGCAGACUAUCCUUGAGGAGGCCACUGGCAAUUGGCAGUUGAUUCCGAUUAGGUUCAGCCCCCUGUACUGUGGGUCUGUUGUGAUCAGGAACAAUGUCGGUCCGGUGGUUAAAGCUUGGAGAACUUUCCAGUUCAUCAGCCCCAUCAUCACCUACAUGUGUGGGGGAUCCCAGCAGGUGGUGGUGAGGAUGCACCACAUGAGUAGGGUGAGAGGCCUGGAGGCUCAACUGGUGUGGGCCAUCUCCAAGGAGACAGCCAGGCUUAGUCCAGAGGGCAUCCCCUACUGUGCCACCAAAAUGCAGUCCAUCACUUGGAUCCAGCGUGUGGCUGGCAGGGUGACCCACUAUGCGUCUCACCUCCGCCACGAGACGUCUGUGGACGUGACGCUUGGCUGCUUCCAGCAGACUGAUGUUUCAGUGGUGUACGCUGGACGGACUUCUCUCUUCAGCGUGAUCGGAGGCUGCCUCCUUCUCUACGCCCACCACUCAGCAGUUCACUGACCCAGAGCCUGAGGGCCACAACUGCUAUGAGGUCAGACGUUACACACACAUACUAUUGACCAGGAUCAAUAAGAUCCUUCCAUUGACCGAUUGUUUGUUAUGUCAUUGCACUGGUCACUGAUUUUGAAUGCUUGUUUUGUUGUCGCAGGGCUGGGAGGAGGACCUUCUGCCUAAGGAGAGGGAGGUUACUCUGCUAAUGUGAGUUCCUCUAAAUGUCUGUAGUCUGGGCUUGUCAGAUGCUGAAGGAUUGUGGUC